GAAUGGAAAUGUCCGUCUCUGUCUGAUUUUUUAUUUGUUGUCUGAGUGAAUGAGGGCUGCUCAUCAGGAAGUAUCCAGCGGGCGAAACUUUAAAAAUGACUAUUUAACAUUUCGGCCCCGGCCACGUCUUGCUCUGCUCUGUUCGACAAAGAACAGGCCGACGCAGUGUCUGCAGGCGCGAGUUGCAGUGGAUUUACAAUGAGAAUGUAUUCAAGGGACACUAUGUACCUGAAUAGGUUAACUACAGAAGUCCUCUAUGACAGUAAACUGAAGAUCUUUGGGUUGUGGACAAAAGACGAGACAUUUGAGGACGUCACCCUGGGCUUUGGGAAAUGAUGGACGGAGACAGUUCGACCACCGACGCCUCCCAGCUGGGCAUCACCGGAGAAUACAUGGCAUCCGGUCACUACGUCCUCCAGUCUCAAGACGACGAUGCCGAUGAGAGUCUGAAUGACCAUGACGACGGCGGCAUCAAGGAGAACUUCAGGGAGCAGGACAUCUAUCUUCCUAUCGCCAACGUGGCUCGCAUCAUGAAGAACGCCGUUCCUCAGACUGGAAAGAUUGCAAAGGAUGCCAAGGAGUGCGUGCAGGAGUGCGUGAGUGAGUUCAUCAGCUUCAUCACGUCGGAGGCGAGCGAGCGCUGCCACCAGGAGAAGAGGAAGACCAUCAACGGCGAGGACAUCCUGUUCGCCAUGUCCACGCUGGGCUUCGACAUGUACGUGGAGCCGUUGAAGCUUUACCUGCAGAAGUUCCGAGAGGCCAUGAAGGGGGAGAAGGGGAUCCCAGGGGUGUCAGUGGGAGAAGGCCUCGGAGACGAGCUUACAGACGACAGCUUCUCAAAUCCACUGCCGGCUGGGAUCAUUACAGCAGAUGGUCAGCAGCAGAACGUCAUGGUGUACACCACCUCAUAUCAACAGAUUCCCACUGUACAACAGAUCCAGUUUUCAUGACGAGGCCUUUACCCCCCCCGAGCCUGAACACAGCGGCUCCUUACCAGGCCCCACGCUCGCCGGGUGACCUCUGACCCCGCCCCAGGGUAAAGGUUAUCAGACGGGACAGGGAGGAGGGGGAGAGGCGUCUGCAGAAACCCUCAUGUACAGAGAAAUCACUACCUGUUGAGUAGAAAGUGUAGUUUCUAGUUGUGAGGUACCAAAUGUUUUGGAGCGAAAUCCAAACCAGCUGGGAAAUUGAGGCUUUAUUUUAAAGGCUAGUCUUAUCACAUUAUUUAGUGGUCGAAAUUCUUUUUCGUGCGUGUGUGUGUGUGUUAAUGUGUUUGCUUUUAUGCGUUUUCUUCUUUUCGGGGGCGGGGGGAAUAAGGGGAAGUGUUGUAUUGGACGCUUAUUUUUGAACGCCUUCUCUGUUUGAACCGAGAGAAGCCACGUUGAUACUGUCACAUCAGAUCAUGCAGCUCUUUUGUAAGUUCACACAAUCUACCAUGUGCUUUAAUGUUAUGUAAAUCCUUUGAAUAAAAAUUCAAAAGCCAUGAUUUAAAUUUCACAGUUUUUAUUUAGUUUGCAUAAUUUCACAUUGAGCAAAGCUUAAACUCCAGAUCAAACGAAAAAUCACCUUUAACAAUGUAUACAAAGGCAUCUUUGGAUUACAAUAUAAAAUCCAAUAAUGUUUUCUUCCUGUAAAACACAAUGUGGUGUGUGCUUACAUAAGUGUGAUCCAACCAAUUUAAACCAAUAUUAUCAUAACAUCCACCCAUCAAUCAAUCAAUCUUCAGCUUUUAGCAAUACAGAGUCAACUUAAUUAGUUAGCCAGCUAGCAACAGCAUGGCUCUCUGUACA